AUGGCGAAUCGUUAAGAUAUUGGUUGAUAGCUCUUAUGCUUGUAAACAUAAACUGAUGUGGAAUCAAUUCAAACAUCUGUUCAGCGACUGGUGCUUCACGGUAUUCUUGCUGCUGGUGUUGUUGCCGUUCGACUUCUGUAAGAGAGUUUAGUUUUAGGUGUUAUUGAUGUAUGUGGACGGAUGAGAAUAAAGCACGAUAAUAGAAUGAUUCGAUCUCACAGAAACAUGCCUUUGCUUCAUAGAGUUUUAAGAUUGUAAUGAUCAAGAAAGAAUAAUUCUGCUGCAAUGUUGGUGGAAGGCUUGAGGGGACGGGCAUUGGAAAUGGUUUAGAGAGCUAAUUAUGAGUUCGGAUCGUUGACUGACUAGGUGAAUAGAAUUCCAAAGGAGAGCAGCUAUUUUUGUCAGAAAAGACUAGUCUUUUUUCCUGCAGAAGAACGUUUAGACCCAUAUCAAAAAUUUGGGUUCAGUAACUAAAGCAGAGGGUAACAUAAUAAUGAUAUAAUCAAGCGCUAAAAACUACUUUGUCAACAUGUGCGCAUAUUAUAUUGUAGGGAACUUUUUCUAGAACGACAGUUAUGCUAUCGAGAAGAUGUGAGUAUCCUCAUUGAUGAUGCUUUUGUUGAUGUCAAGGAAUAUGAGGAGAAAUUUUCUGUGAGCUGAGUGUGGUUAGCAGAACUUGGUAAAAAGUUUGUUGAAAUCCCUUGGAAUACUUUUGAUGCACCCAAAGAAAAUUGUGAGGGGCACAUAUUCCGAAUAUAUAUUCAUCAUUUUCGUUUGUCUUCAAAAGGUCCAGGGAGAUGGUGAAAAUAUAUCAUAUGGUGAAAAUAAAUACAGAUACGGACAUGGAUAUGUGGAAUAUUCUCAUAAUUAUUGUUGAGUAGAUUUUUAAAAUAGGUUCUCUCCCCGUGAAUUCAACGAUUUGGUAGGUGAUGAUGCCAGUGGUGAUGAUUAUCAAUUAAUUUUUUGGUUAAAGGUGGUUGCGUUAUGUGAUUAUUCUGCCCGGUUUUAUUUCAAUAAUUGAACAUGUAAUAUUUUUUAUCUGUUUACCGUCAUUGUUAUCUUGAAUGCUAUGUUGUCCGACUUGGUAUCACAGAGAAGUCCGUAAAGCUGAAAGUCCAUGCUGGGUCAUUAAGACCUCGCUCUGGAAAUAAGGACUUGUACUGGCUCACUUCCUGUUUUCAUGGCUCAAAUUUUUAAAACGGACUUAUUUCUAGAGCUUUGACAUGUCACUUGAUGAAUCUCAAUACGUAUCAAUGAUUGGAAUGGGGAAAACAAUGAGGCAACGUUUUCUGACGGCAUGAGUCAGUUUGAAGCGUCAAACCAUGAUGAGCCAUCAAACAUCUGUCCCAUCGAUGAAAAAAUUCUCGAUACACGUUGGGGUUAAUCAAAUAACCUAGCUGAAGCUUGAAAAUAAAAGUUAUUGUUUUAAGUGGGUUUGGAAAAUAGAGUCUAUUUCUUCUUAUUCGCAUGGAAGUGUCAAACAAUACGCAAACAUUUGUCCCAUCAUCUGGUGGCAGGCUAGGAUUUAGCCGGCCAAUUUUGUUAGCUUGCACGCAGCUGCUCGGCAAGAUUGUGAAUAUUAUUUUAUCAAAAUAUGUUUUUUCUGACGUUGUGUGAGUCGUUCUUGUUUCUGCGAAGUAGUUGAAAACCCGUCAAGAGAUCCGGUAGAAGAAAAGAAGUCUGGUUCGGCAGUGGUGCCAUUUACUCCAAAUUCUUCGCAGGUGAGCGGUUGGAUCGUUGCAUAUUUCUUAUAAAUGCCUACAUUUUUCACAUUUCUCAGUUCCAGUUUAUUUUAUUUCUUAAUCCGCAAGAUCUCAGGUUCUGCAUUUGCUAUCCCUGCUUUUUUUUUUUCAAUUAAUAAAAACAAUGGUGAUGCUUUACCUUCCUCUGCAGGUGGAGUCCUUGGUCACUGACAUCUGUGAGACAACUUCGAUCGCAGAGUUUGAACUUGAUGUAGGCAAACCCUAGAGUUUUUUCAGAAAUUUUUUUGAACUUGUUUUAUUCUGUGCAAGUGAUCGAGUGACGGGGGCUGCUUCAUUUCUUCUCCAAAUCUCCAUGUUCAGUUUGGCGGAUUUCGGCUGUACCUCAAGAGAGGCCUAGAAGAGAAGGGUGCGUCCCCACCACCGCCUUCGCCGCUGCCACCGCCACCUUCGACUGCCCUGGCGAUCCGUGCAGCCGAUGAGAGCCCUGUUUCAAAUGGCUCUCCCAAGACCACAACUUCCCUGGCCAUUUCAAAGACAAAGCCUUCGUCCACAGGGGUCCAGAGGUUUCUGGACACCGCCUCAGAUGAAGGAUUGGCGAUUCUUCAGUCCCCGAAGGUCAGAAUAAGAGCCUUUAUCAUGUGCGUGUUCUUCAGCCACCACCUCUGCCUGACCUCCUAUGCACCGCAGGUUGGAUUCUUUCGGAGAUCUCGCACCAUAAAGGGGAAGCGGGCGCCUCCAUCCUGCCAGGAGGUAUCAUGCCGAACACCUCUGCCCUGUCCAUUUGCUUCACAAGGCAAUGAUCUUGGGUGGCACGGCCUCUGGUGCAAGAAUAGCCGCCGCCGCCGCCGCCAGCACCUGCUGUGUACUGUUGGUGCUUAUGAGAUAAUGUGGUUGACCCGGGAUCGGCAUUUUGACCUGUUUUUCCACCCUGGAUCUGUCUCUGCGUCGUGCUUCUAAUGGGAUCUCCGAUUCGACGUUGAUCUGCAGAGGCAAGUGGUGAAGGAAGGCCAAGUCCUCUGCUACAUCGAGCAGCUGGGCGGAGAGAUCCCCAUCGAGGUACCUCUUCCACUCUCUCUCUCUUUCUCUUCCUCCAGUCCGAUCAUAUGUCACCGGAUGAGGGGGCUGCUUACUUACACUGACGGCGCCGUGUGAUGAUCAUCUUCAUCUCAGUCUGACGUGUCCGGAGAGGUGAUCAAGAUCCUCCGACAGGACGGCGGUGAGUCUCCUCCUCCUCCUCCCCCAUCCUCGAUCUUUCCUCCGAGAGCUCUGCUGCUAAUACUCCCUGAUUGCCCUCCCUCCCUUGUUCCCUCUUUUGCAGAGCCGGUCGGAUAUGGCGAUGCCCUGAUCGCCGUCCUCCCCUCCUUCCCCGGGAUCAAGAAGCUGCAGUAG